UCAAUGGCGCUUAGCUGCGAACUGCAACGCCAGAUUAAUCCUGGCACUCGAUAGACCAGAGAGUUGGAGGGAGAACGAGAGAGAGACAGAGUCGGACAAAGAGAGAGAGAGAGGGAGAGAAAAGGAAGAGGCACCGUUUUGACAAGGAGCUCCAGGAGUUUAUCGAUAACAAGUAGCCAAUAUGUCCGGGGGAAGCUUUGGAUUAAGGGCCCUCAAGUCUUAAUAAGCUCCUGAAUUCGUGUUGACCUUGUUUCUCUAAUUCAUCCUUGGGCUUACACAAUGAUGUGAUUUACCGUCGCUGCCUCCAGCUCACAUUAUUGGCGAACGUGGACCAGUAACAGUUGUCCAACAUUCCUCCAUCUCUCUCUCUCUCUCUCACACAAAUAUGGCGAUGUGAAAACCUGGAGGAGGGUAUCCGGGCUUCCAGAGGCUGCCUUAGACACUGGCACCGUUUCUCUGACCCGCAUGUCACCUCCGCCCUCAGCCGCUGACCGAGCACGUUGACCUCCGACCUUCCCGGAGGACCGAGACGCCACUUUGACCUCCGCCCUGUCGGCCCGCCGGCCACGAUGGGUCCCCCCUACCUGACGGGUGGACUCUGGGGCUACCUGCUGACGGGGCAGGUGCUGAUCUGGGCUCGGGCGCACAGCGGCGACGUGGAGCAGGCAGAAGGGGCCGCCGCACCGACAGACAACAGGACCAGAGCGGGAGCCCCCGGGGAGCCCGGCCCAGCUCCGACGGAGCGGGCCCCGGCCUCCGACCGGUGCCGCGGUUACUACGACGUGAUGGGCCAGUGGGAUCCUCCAUUUAGCUGCAACACCGACACCUACCUGUACUGCUGUGGGACAUGCCACUACCGCUUCUGCUGUGAAUUUGCCCACGACCGGCUGGACCAGAGCACCUGCACCAACUACGACACGCCCAACUGGGUAAACACCGGCAAGCCGCCCAUCAAAGUGGACGACGCCGUCGAAGGCCCGGCCAAGGACAAAACCAACAUGAUCGUCUACAUCAUCUGCGGCGUGGUCGCCGUCAUGGUGCUGGUGGGAAUCUUCACCAAACUCGGCCUGGAGAGGGCUCGGAGACCCCAGACGGAGAUGAACAUGUCGAGGUGA